AGGGUGGUUUUUGUGGCACAAACAUGCCUAUCCGAGCAUAUUGCACAAUAUGCUCCGACUUCUUCGAUCACUCCAGAGAUGUUGCUGCCAUCCACUGCGGACACACUUUCCACUAUGAAUGUCUUCUUCAGUGGUUUCAGACAGCCCCCACAAAGACAUGUCCACAGUGUAGGAAACAGGUCAGCACUAGACACAUUAUCAGCAAGCUGUACUUUGACAUUGCUGCAGAAGAAGAGGGCACAACAGACCCAGAAAGCUUACAGAAUGAGCUCGAUCGAAUGAAGGCUCUUUUAAGCUCUAAAGAGAGAGACUGGCGAGACAAACAGAAGGUGGUAGACAGUUUGAAGGACACUGUGGACAAGCAGAAGAGAGACCUGGACAGUGUACGGAAAGGCAUUGCUGAGAAGGAGAUGUUCUGUUCUGCUCUUAGAAAACAAAUGACAUACCUGGAAACACAACAUAAUGAUGUUCAGGCUGCCAAAGAGGAAGCCCGCAGACUCAGGAACAAAAUGAAAACCUAUGAAAGCCUGGAUGUGUUGUUACAGGGCCAGAGAGCAGAGGUGGAAUCCAUGAUCAUGGAUAUGGGUGUCAGUCAGGCUGCUGUGGAGCAGCUCUCCAUCUACUGCAUCUCUCUCAAAAAAGAGUAUGAUAAUUUAAAAGGAACCCUAAAGUCUUCAAAUGACAUGUGUGAGAAGCUGAAGAGAGAAGUGCUCACCACAAACAACAAGUUCCAUAAAGCCACAAUGGAGGUGAAUCAAACUAAAGAGGAUAUGAAGUCUCUGCAGAAUGAUCUGUGCCACGCAGACAAAGAGAUCUCCAGUCUGAAGAAGAAGGUGGAGUUUCUUCAGAAGACUCUGAGCACGCCGACACGGACAAAUGAAGCCCUGAGUCGGCUCGUCUUUGAGAGCCCGGCUCCAAUGGAACUAAAAAAGCCUCACCUCCACCAUCCUGCAGACAGCGAGGACAUUGACCUCAACAUUACCUAUGACAUCACCACCCCAGAUAAUGUGGUUAGAAGACCGACGCAGGUCCCAUCUAAGAAGAUGCGUCUUGACCCUCCUGCGUCAUCUGUGUCCAAACAAAAAGAGAAAACUUCAUCUUUAAGCAAGGCUCAAGAUGAAGAUGGAUCCAUGGAUCCGUUUUUGAGGAACUCCCUCCUCUUCAGAAAGAAGACUUUUGGUAGCAUGUUGGACCCUCACAGGAAGCCUGGAGCUGUAAGAACUGGUUAUGAUGGAUUAGGAGGACGUACUAAAUUCAUCCAACCUUCUCCUUUAGCAGAGAUUCGCCCACUGAUGAAAGCUAAAAGGAAAAAGGUGACCAGGCCUCCACCCAAGAUUUCAACUUGCCUGACUUUGGACAGCUUCCUCGAGUAAAUGCUGACGAGUUCCUCUCCGGGAGUCGAGGAAGGUCAGGAUGUUUCUACCGCUCUGGCACAGAGAACCAGCCUGGCAGCGGCUCUGCCAUUCAGCGCCAAACAGAAACAUCUGAUCGAACUGCAUUUAGAGGCAGUAACUGAACUCCCACCACCUGACAACAGAUGCCGAGUUUUUCUUGACAUCACCAAACUUGCUGUACA